UGGCAGAGCAACUCAAUGUGAAACAUAUAAAUCUCGCUCAUUGCCCUUACAAUACACAGCAUACAUCAAAAGGAAGAAUGAAAUUAGCCCCAAACAUGGACAGAAUGGGAAAAAUUUUCUUUUAUGAGGACAAAAACUUUCAGGGACAUUGUUUUGAGUGCAGCAUGGACUGCCCAGAGCUGUCGUCCCACUUGAGCCAUUGUAACUCCAUCCGAGUUGAAAGUGGGGCCUGGGUCUUGUAUGAACGUCCAAACUUCAUGGGCUGCCAGUACAUCCUAACCAGGGGAGAGUAUCCUGAUUACCAGCACUGGAUGGGCUUCAGUGACUCUAUAAGGUCUUGUCGCAUGGUGCAAAAUCAUACUGGCAAUUUCCGUAUUUGUCUGUAUGAGCGGCCUGACUUCAAGGGUCAGAUUAUGGAGUGCAGUGAGGACUGGCCCUCUGUUUAUGACCGCUUCGGUCACCGUGAGGUACAGUCCUGUAACGUUCUGGAUGGGGCCUGGGUUUUCUAUGAGCAUCCUAAUUUCAGGGGACAUCAGUAUUUGUUGGAGAGAGGCGAGUACCACCACUUCACUGACUGGAGUGCCAUGCAUCCUACUGUCGGCUCCAUCCGACGUGUUCAAGAGUUAAAGGUAUUUUAAUAUGUAGUUGAUUGCUCCUUAAACUAUUUAAUAAUACUA